AUUGAUACGAAAAAAAAAAAGACCCGGACUGGAAUCCGUAAAAGCGGCCAUAGAAGGGAGGCUCGUGAGGAAAGCAGUAUAUUUGAAGAACCAUCGAAGUCGGUGCCGUUACCAAGAAGAAAUGGUACGAUUAAUGUCACAUUUUCAGAACGAGCGUUCCCGACUCCUGCUAGAGAAAGUCAUCACCUGGAAGAACAAGAAUGGUUACAAAAGCAAGCAGAGGCAAGGCGCAAAAUUGGUUUCGAUACGAAGGACCUGCGAUCGGAAGAACGCGAUCCACAGUGGUUGAAAGAUAAGGGAGAGUACCGAGUUUUCAAGGUUGGCAACUACCUGGGAGCUAUCAGCGCCUAUUCGUAUGGGAUUCAAAUUAGCGAUAAAAUGGUAUCGCUCUAUGUGAACAGAUCAGCAGCUCAUUACGCGUUAGGAAAUUACUGUAGAUGUAUAGAAGACUGUUCGAAAGCACUAGAACUAAUGGUACCGAAAUGCGAAAGUAACCGCGAGUCAAGGGCCAGGUGUCACGCUCGACGAGGUGCAGCGCUUUGCAAUUAUCCUCGCCUCAGCAUGGUAUUCCUGAGCUAG